AAAGGAAAAAGUUGGAAAGAAAUGACUUGGGAGUAUCAGAAGAUUUGUCUGAGUGUGCUGCUCCUGCUCAUGACAGUGAUGAUGGAGGACUCAUCCCUCAGAGAAAGAGUGGACACCCUGACCACCAGCAGCUUCCCAGCAAGGAAGAAGGAGACUUGGAGAAUUGGAGAGCCACCUUAAUCAACUGGGUGAUAACAAAGAAACACAUCCUAUAUCAGAACAUUCACUGAAGGCUGUAAGGAAUUACUAUUAUUACUUAGAAGAUGAAAUAAAUAUUAUAAAGAAGACAAUAGUGGAAUUCCAAAGACAAUACCAAGAAUCACAAGAUCAACAAAAUGAGAUGGUACCAAGUAUAGAGAAAAUUCAAGAUCACCUGAAAAUGUUCAAUCAGAAGUACAGUAAGUUUAAAAAUGUAGUGCUACAUCAAGCAAGACUAAUGAAAAAACGGGAAAUCUUGCUAAAACAGAUUUCAGCAGAUUUGACACACGUUCAUCAGCAACACAAUGGCAUGGAGAAGAAGCAAUCUGAAAUUGAGGCAUUGCUGAAAGAUGUGGCACAGUUUUACCUUCAGUUCAAGAAUGAGUCUCAGGAUGCAAGGAACAGUUUAGAUAAACUCCACAGGAACUUGCAAGAAUCAGAAGCUGUCCACCUAGAAAAGCUACAAAAUGGGGAGAAGUCGCUAGAUGACCUGGAACACUGUGCCUCAAGGCUUCGGUGUGAAAGCUUGAAAUUACAGUCUGACCUCAGAUUGUGUGCUGGCAGUAUUGAAGAGCUGCAGAGGAUCCUGGUAAGAGCACUUCUUAAGAUGGUUUAUAAAAUGUUAACUGGAAUUUAUUAUCAGGCAGAUGUAAAGUACCUGCAGGAGCAAUAUGACGACCUUAAGCGAAGACAGGCUGGAUCAGAGGCAUCCCCAGAAGAUCUGGAAGGGUUUUACCACAGAUUGAAACAGAAGACCAGGGAAAUCAUGGAGAAAUUAGGUAAAAUCGACAGAGAAUAUAGAAAAAAUGGCUAUGAAAUACCCAGUAAGAAAAAAGUUGCAUUUAUUCUCUCCCAUGAGAUAGCCAGAAACGGGACUUUGUUUUAUCCCUCAUUGUGCAAUGGUUACAGCUUUUCUGAUACACAAAACAUAGAAGCUCAUGCUACCAUCCGAAUGUCUGUGAUGACGCCUAGGGAUGAAUUGGGAAAUUUUGUUUAG